AUGCAGCUCCCAAUUUUAUCUACCCCGGAGGAAAGGCUUGUUCGACCUCGGACGGACUCGAACCUACGACCUCGCGGACGUUAGAAAUGAGUCUUUGCCAGCUGAGCUAUGCCGCCCCUGAAGGGGAAAAAUCAGUUCCAAAUUUGGGACUGCCAAUUUUAAGCGGAAACUUCUCGAAACUGAAAAAUGUAUAUGAAAUUUGGGGCUGCCAUUUUCAACCUGCAAUAUUCUGAUUUUCUCUCCUUCCUCAUACUGAAAUCUAUACAGCAAGAGGUCAAGUAGCCCUUCAAGUGCUCGAUUUCCAGGAUCUCUGACGUCACCAAUCUAUCGGCUCAACGCGACGGACAACGACACUGGCAGCAAUGGCGCCAUAAGUUACCGUAUCGUUGGCGAAACUUGCGACGACGUCGAUUUCGGCCUUCUCGAUGGGGCACUUCAUUCCCUGGUUUGUCUAUAGAUAUAUUGAAUUCCAGCAUGAAUGGAUGAGUAGGUGUUGUUUGUGAGGGGAAAAAGACACUUGAGAUAUGGCCAGGUGAACUGUCUCCAUGCGCCCGCGCGAGGGGAAGAGAAGAUACACAAAGUGCACCUGCCAAUUGUUAUUUUUCCACUUUCUUGUGAGAAGAGUGAAAUGGAAUGGGGCUUUUUAUGGGUCUCAUGGUGUUAGGACAGAUGUUUCGGUUUUUUUUUGACUUUUCAAAAAUAUAAAUUAGUGGGUUUAUCACAUACAUGGGAUAGUCUCGGUGGGACCUGAUAAAGGGGAGAGGACUUGGCAAAAAAACGAUAAAGGGGGGUUGGCAAAAAAACAUUUUCAAUGGUCGUCCUACACUAAUUCCAUGGUGCUGAGUCCAAAAAAACAACAACGAAAUUGAGAUACAAAAAAAUUAAUAACAGCUUAUUUUUUUCAAGGCUCAAUUGCUUGCCUUUAAGUGGGGGAAGGGGGGAGGGGGAGGGGGCUUGGCUGACGCCAGUCAUGGUCAUCGCAUGUAUGGUUUAUUAUUCCUUAGGCUACUUUUUAUUGAGCCGUAGAUGUGUUUUUUUUUAGUAUUUUGUAGAAAACAAGUGAUAUAAGUUUUUUUUAUUUUAAAUUUGACCCACACAAUGAAGAAAAAUUUUCCAGUUAUUCGAAAAUUAUGUUACGAAUAGAAAUGGUUUUAUUUGAAGUAAAAAAAUUUUUGGAAACAUUAAGGAGGGAUUUAAAGGAUUUUUCGGAACUCAGGUGUGAAAUUAUAAAUGAAAGAAUUAUUUUAUUGACAAAAUUAGAGUACGAACUAUUAUCAAAAUCACUUUUGAGACUUGACCAUUAUCUGCCGUCUGAAUCAGCAAAGUUAGGAGUUUCAAAUAAUUUUUUUUAUCAAGCUGCAAAUUAUUCAUAUUUGAAGAAAUGGUGGUAGGAAGGAAUUUUGGGUCCGCGAAUUUUCGUGAGCGUGAACUGGGAAAAAAAAAAAUGAGAAAGGAGGUGAAUAUUUUCAAGAAUCUCUCUCCAAGAUUCGAGCCUCCUAGAUUGGUGUAUGCACAAUUAACGCUCACGGAUAUUUGCAGACCAAAAUUCUUUCCUAUAGUCUAUUCCGCGCCAGCUUGUCACGUUUUUUCCCCCAAAAAGACCGUAUACCAAAUUAGAUCAAAUUUCUGCUUUUAUAACGGCAAGAAACAAAUGUCUUGAAGCGAAAGUUGGUUAAAUUUGACCUGGCCUUCUGGGGCGGAAAGAAAAACGUGACAAACUGGCGCGGAAUGGCAUAUACCAUCGAAGAAGUGAUAAAAAUGACAAGAAUAUUGGAGAAAGAAUACAUAAAAUAAAUUAUUCGAGAGUAUUAUAUAUAUUUAUUUGAUUCGCGCUGUUUCGAGUCUCAUAAAUGAUGCCUUGAGGGUGAUCAGCUUUUUCAGCUUUUUAUUUAUUUUUAUCAGCGCAAGAUAAAUUUAAUGAAGUUUAUAAAAGGAGUCUGUAGUCCUAGUUUCAAGUUUCCUUUUUCAGAAGGACUUGAAAAAGUCUCCCUUCGAUUCCUGUACGAUCACAAUCGAAGCAAUCGAUGGAGGAAGUCCGCCACUUUCCAGCACACUUACCGUUUUCGUCGACGUCUUCCAGGGAAAUCAACACGAUCCGGAGAUUUCCAUCAAGUUUAUCAAUGUCAACUUGGCGUUUAUAGUUAGCUUUUUUCAUAGAUUCCACCCCUCCGACGCUAAAUUCAUCGUGGUUGGCCCAGAAGACACGGCCGGCAAAACUUUGGCCGUUUUAUCUGUAACGGAUGCUGAUUCUUCGGCUUCUGGUGAGAAUGAUGCAAGAAUAAAAGAUUUCCGAGUUUUCUGGCUUGCUUGGGAGCUUGGGAUCCAACCAAGAAAAAGGAUUUUUUUUUUCCCAAAUUUGGCUUUUAAUUAGCAUUGAAGACUUGCAAAAUCUUAUUUUCUGUCCGUUAAAGGGUUUUGAGAUAUCCAAACUUUAAUAAAUGGAAAAAUUGUGAAAAAAAAUUUUUCUAAUUUGAUCAGGAGCUUCUGGAGUACGUCUCAGGCAAAUUUAUAGCGAAAAUGGAAACUUGACUUCCUUAGAAAUUCCAGAGUGGUCCCUUUAGUGGUUAGAGUGGAAAACAGUCUCUGUAGGGGUGGAAAAGUGGUCCCUAUAGGGGUUUACGGUCUGACCCCUUUGCGCCUGAAGCUCAAGUGAACCCUAAAGGAGUCUCUCAAUUUUAUUUAAACAAAGCUUAUUUAUUCUGUUUUUCUCAUGGAAAUGCUUUUCCGCUUGAAGUUCAUAACAAAUAUCGCCAAAAUUUCUGGAGGGACCACUUUUGCAAGCUUUAGUGGCCCUUAAAGUGGCCUUCCAUAGGGACCACUCUAGAGUUCCUAAGUUUUUUUUUCAUUACUAGCCUUAUUUCAAUAUGUAUAACACGAUUUCCAUAGAUAAGCCUCGCCUGGAGAUGAUCAGCGAUGCCGACUUGUUCCGCCUCGUCCCCAACCCUCAUUUCUAUGUCCUCCAGCUCAAGGAUCCAUCGUUGGCUCAGAAAUCGCCGUAUGAUGUCAAGUUCAUGGCUUUUGAUGGCCAGAACCCGGAAAGAAGUUCUACGAAGGUGCUCAAGGUCUGUGAGGGAAGAAAAAAAUUCGAAAAAAAAAAUUGGGCUUUCUCAGACUGACGUUGGGAAGGAUCAGAAUCCGAAAUUAUAGAAUUUUUUUAACAUUUAACAUUUAAAAAUUUAUUCAGUCCUCAGAGUAAUCUUGUAUCUGCUGAAUUGUGGAAUAUUUUAUAAGCCUAUAAGUUUAUAAGGAUAUAAGGAUAGAGCCAGGAUUAGAAAUUUCAACUCGAAUUCAUUAAAAAAUUGAAAACUUUUCGAAUAAUAUAUUGUAAAGAGAAGAGUUAUAGAGGGCAUUCACUAGAAAAAAUAGAAAAAUGCCAAUUUUUGUGUGUUUUUAAUUUUUGAUGAGCCCUUCAAGCUAAACUUCCAACAAAAGAAGCGGUCAAGUGUUCGCCAAUAGGAUAAAGACCCAACAACGGAGAACAACCCGAAAUUGAAAGUCCAAUGCCAAUAACCCACUGACUUCGGACCGCUUCCCUUUCUAUCAGCCUUUUCGAGGUUCAUAUAGGCGGCCGCGUUUUUGCGCCCGACCAGCACAUAGUUCAAUAACGAGGCAACUCGUAAAAUUGCGAAAUGUUACACGAGUCGGUUAGAGUCGGGCGCAUCUCUCCGGCCGUCUAUAUAAACCAGAAACGAAUGGAAAAAGACAAGAAGCGGUCCGGAGUCUCUGGGUUAUCACUGAACUUGAACCUCCCAUUGGCAAAAACUUGACUGCUUUUUGCAUAACGUUAUUGAAAAGUUCAACCAGGGAACGUUUUUUACCACUUUUGCUGAAGUGUACUUCUUUAAGGCCUCCUGAUUGCAGAACAAGAAAAAAAAUUUUUGCAAUAACUCUUGUUUCCGAGUUAUGCACCUUCAAAGCCCGCAAAAUACACAAAUUUGGCCAUAAAAGCGAAGUUGGGGGGUAAAACAUCCCUAGUAAGAAAAAGUUUUGGGGGAAAAAAAUUUUUCCCUUUUAAGAUCCCCCCUCCCCCCGGGGCUCCCAACUCAACCACUAUCGGAAUCCCGAAAAUAUGGUUUAGGGUCCCCAAUAGGGGGUAGGAUCAAAUUUUCACUGGAAUUAGCUUCCUCAUAUUCGUCUCUCGUUCUUUCAAACAACGUCCCUUAAACAAAUUUAAAAUUUGAGGUUCAAAGGAAGCUCCGGGGUCUCUAUUUCGCACAUUCACAUACUUAAUUUCAAUUCAAAUGAUCACUAGAAUUCAAAAUAAGAUUGAUUUUUCAUUCAGAUCUUCUUCGAAGCUCUCUCCCCCAAAACCUCCAUUGAAGUCGGAAAACACCAACAAGUUCAAAUCCGCCGGAACUCGCUUUUCGGCAGUUUUGUGGCCCAAAUCACCACCAACAGUUCUGAUUGCGAAUUUCGCAUCAAAGAAGGCGAAGAAUCGCCUUUUCGCAUCGAUUUGAACAAUGGUUCUUAAUUAGAACUUGUUAGAAUGAAGUAAAAAUUUUAGGAAUAAUUACGGUUGAUGGAAAUUUAACGGAGAACUAUUAUCGUCUACAAGUCGAAGUCCGACCUCCGCCACCGUAUUUUUGAAGCGAUUUUGGCUGAAGUCGACGUGGAGAUCUUGGUGAGGACUUUUCGUUUUUUUUUUGGUGUGAAAAAACCUUCUUUGAAAAAUUUUCACUUUUCCUCCUCAAUGAAAAUUAUACGUAGUCUGGAGCGAAAAAAAAUUUCGAAAAUGUACUGAAAUAGGCCGCAUUUUUCAGGGGAGAAGGGGGGGGGGGGCAGCCGACGUAUGAUAAAAGUUUCAGAAAAAUCUCUUUUUUGAACUUUUAUACGUUCAGUUUGAACAUGGCCGAUAAAUAUUCGCUUUUUUUUGAAAAAUAGAAAAAGCAAAAAAAGCAGUCAAGUUUUUGCCAAUGGGAGGGUUUGAUGAUAACCCAGAGACUUCGGACCGCUUCCUGUCCCUUUCCAUUUGUUCUUAGUUUAUAUAGACGGCCGGAGAAAUGCGCCCGACUCCAACCGACUAGUGUAACAUUUCGCAAUGCCACGAGUCAUUGCCUCGUUAUCAAACAAUGUGCUGGUCAGGCGCAAAAAACAAGGUUGCCUAUAUAAACCUCGAAAAUGCUGAUAGAAAGGGAAGCGGUCCGAAGUCAGUUGGUUAUCGAUCAAUGAGUUAUCAAAUCCGCCAGCUUCCUAUAAGAGCCUUUGGAGGGCCCUUUCUAGGGAUCACUUUAGCAACUCCUAUAGAGGCUUGAAAAAGUGCCCCCUAUAGUGGACAUGCUAGUCGAUAAUUGUUAUGAUCUCUAAGCGGAGAAGCGUUUCCAUGGGAAAAACUAAUAAGUUAAACUUUUUUGAAUGUAAUCGAACGACUCCUAUAGGGACCACUUAAGCUUUAGAGGCUAAGGAGAGAGACCCAAAACCCCUAUAGGGAACACUCAAGCUUUAGAGGCUAAAGAAACAGACCUUAAUCCCUAUGGGGACCACCUUAAUUUCACCCCUAUAGGGAUUACUUUUUCAAUCCUUAAAGAGACUUUUUUCCUCCUAACCCCUAUAGGGACCACUCCGAAUCUCCCAAGUGUUGGAAAUAAGUUGAUUUUUUUAAAUUUUAGCUUCUUCUCACAACAAAUGAAUAUUUGUAAGUAUAGAUUCCGGUUAACUAUUCACAGAAAUCUGCAAAUGAUAAAAAAAAACGUCUUGAAAAUGUUCAGGAACAAGAAAAAACAAAGGAAACUAGCCUUCUGAAGCCUUUGAACAAGACCUACGUCUUCUUCUUGGAUGAAACCACGCCCCUUGGAUCAAAAUUUGGCAUCCUUCCACCUUCUGAUGACGUCAUUUAUCGGACUGAUUUGACUAAUUCGCUUAUUGACGUCUUUCCUGAUGGCGUCAUUUAUCUUUCCAAGCCGAUCGAUCGGAGAGAAAGUGACGUCAUCCAAAUGACGAUAUCGAGGAAUCAUAGGUCAUUCUUACUCAAAUUUUCAGUGAAAUAACAGAAAUUCAGAAGCCUUAACAAUACUCAAAAAACCAACAUCGUAGUGGUUAUAAAUCGGGCGAAUUUGCACGCUCCCAAUUGCGGCGGCUCAAUUUUCCAUGUCAAAGAAAAUCAGCCCGAAGGCUCUUUUGUUGGAGUUCUGACGGCUUUUGAUGAAGAUAUCGGAUUGGAUGGUUAUUUGGCCUAUCGGCAGUUGGAUGGACGGGAUCAGGUGUUUUUUUGGACCCGGAGACUGGAAAGGUAAGAGAAAAAUCGGAGGGGGUGAUAAGAAAAAUGGGCUUGAAAUUAUUGAAAUUUUUGAAUUUUUUUCUAGGAUAAAACUUCUCUGGAUCAUCAGUUAUUAGAAUGGGCUUGAAAUUCAGUUUUUUUCUUCAAACUUUAAAUUUUCCUCUGAUAAAAAUUUCCCUAGAUUAUCCGUUUAUUGGAAUGGGCUUGAAAUUGAUUUUAUUUUGAAGUUUUGAAUUUUCCUGAAAUAAAAUUUCUGUAGCUCAUCCGCCACGGCUUGGAGCUGUCUCACUUCUCUGCGCUCUCUUUUUCUCUCGUCUGUUGCCGAAGUGUUGGCUAAGGACGAGAGAACGCAGAGAAGUUAGACAGUUUGAACUCGUGGCGAAUUUUUCAUGUUUUUUGUUCCAUAAUCUUUAAAAGUUAUUGUUUUUUUUUUGUAAAAUGAGCAAUAAUUUUGAUUUUAAUUUUGAAUGUGAUGUUCUUUCAGUGUUGAAAAUGUUAGUUUCUUUCAUUUUUUUUUUUCUUUCUUUUUUUUUCAAAUUUUUUUUUCUCGAUAAAUCAAGCCUUCUCUGCUUCACGUAUUUCAUCCGGAAAACCUGUGAUUAUGAAAUUUUUGGAAACUUUUUUAUUAUUCUUCAGAUCGAAGCCCUCCAACCUUUCGACGCGGAAAAAUUGCAAAACUUCACAUUUAAUUACAUCGUCAACGAUUUUGGUACCAAAAAAAUCUCUGAUUUCAAUAUUAAUUCAAAUUUAUAGGCUCACCUCGAAAAAUCCACAAAAUGCCAAGUCACAGUCAUCAUUGAUGAUCUGAAUGACAAGGCUCCAAUCUUUGAAAAUCGAUAUUAUUUGUUUGAAACGACGAAUUUCUCAUCGAAUACCUCUGUUGGAAAUUUGAAAGCUGAAGAUUUGGAUGUAAACUUCGAAAAUCGGGACUUGGAGUAUCAAGUUGUCAAUGGAAGCCAGCUUUUUGAGGUUCAAAAAAAAAAUUAAAGAGGUCAGAAGUUCAAAUUUUUUCCAGGUGAACCCGAAAACCGGCGAAAUCUUCACCAGGGGGGCUCUGAAAGGCGAUCAGAUGUAUAAUAUCACGAUUAGAGCUGUUAACUUGGCUCCGCCUUAUUUUUCAACGGAUAUUUUUGUUCUGAUCAAGACGGGUGUUGAUUUGAACGUGGAGCCUCGUCUUCUUGUGGAUUCGACGAUUUUGUGGGUUUUUUAAGGACAAGAAAACAUGAAGAAAAAGAGAGGAAAUCUUUUUGGACGGAAAAAUAGCAUAAUUUCAAACUUGUUAGUCGUUUUUGUAGCGAGAUAACAUUGAAAAAGUAGAGGAUCGCUGUGUCUGGCGCUCUCUGAAAAUUUCACGCUCUCUUGCUUUUUGUCUAACAGAAGAAAACACAAGGUGAACCAACUUUCUAAUGUCUCCCUGCAAAAAACUCGAACGACUACUUAAAAGACCACUUGGAGCGGACCCUAAAGUGGCCACUAAAACCGGCUCUAAAGAAGCAACUACUUUGGGUCAAUGGGCUAGUAUUUUUUAAUAGUUUACUCCGCAAAUUUUUAGUGUACGCUAUAGGGUUUUGAAGUUCUAGUGGCCACUAUAGUAGUCAAAUUAUCGGCCACUUAAGGGGUAAAAAUUAGUGGCCACUAUAGAGAUCUAAGUGCUACUACUAUACCACUAAGAAUUUUAGUGGUCACUUUAGGGGUCAAAGGAUCAACAUAACUGGUCCAAUCUGUUUGUUUUAAAGUUAUCAAAGUUAUUGGAAGGAACACUGGAUGAGAAACUACUGAAGUGGCCACUAUAAAGGUGGGUUUAGUGGCCACUUUAGUGUCCUCUCCAAGUAGUCCUUGUCGAGCCUCUAUAGUGGCCACUAAAAAUUUUCCCAGUAUAGUACCAUUUAGACUACUAUAGUGGCCACUUGAACGUCAAUGCCCUAAAGUGGCCACUAAUAAAAGCCAAGUGAAAGUUGUUCUAUGGUCGAGUGCAUUUCUGAGCCAUUCUCAGUGCGACCAUGAGUUUGGAAGGAAGAGAAUAUUGCUCAUAGCUCCUAGGGGAUGAAAAUAAGGUUAAACAGCAAAUUUGAAAUCGGAAAAAAAGUUCUGGAAGUUUUUUUCUGUUCCGUCUAACUCUGUUUUUUCAGAAUCUAUUCAAACGAUCAGCCUGGCGCUAAAUUGGCCCAACUGAAAGCUUUUGCCUCGAACUUACCUGUUACCUGGUCGACGGAAGACUCUCGAUUUUACCUGGACACCUGGGGAAACGUUUAUCUCAAUGAGAAGCUUCCAAGAAGCUCGGAAACAUCGGAAUUUGUGACUUUCGUGGCUUCCACUGGACAGAAAAAACGAGAUUUCGAAAUUGAAGUCAAGUUUUUGGAUGGAUCAAGAUCGGAGGAAAAUGAUAUCGAGACGGUUUUUGUGAAGGUAAGAAAAUUCGGGAAACGAAACCUAUUUUUUCGAAUUUUCUAUUUUUGUUCAGUUUUCUGGGUUCCUGUCUUGAGAUUAAACAAGGAAUUUCGAAAAUUCUCUUUUUUCACAGUAAAUUAUGUUCCUUUAGUAGUUUUUUUCAGAACAGAAGAUUAUUUGGGCGUUCAUUUUAAGUUUUUUUAAAAAUAUAUUCGAAUAUUUUUUUACGGAUCCUGAUGAGAACUCUUCAUGGAAUUCUUCAAAAACUGAGCUUUUUCUUCAAAUUUUCGCUAAAUUUUGCUUCUUUGCUAUAGCUUUUUUUUAUAGAAACCUGUAUAGGGCUCAUAAAAAGUCAAUUAAAAAGUGAAAAUUUGCUUUAGAAAAGGGAUUUUAUCGAAUAGAAAGCUCUAAAAACUCCUGUAUUAAAAUGUUGUUGAAGGAUUGAGAUUCAAGCGCGAAAUUCGUGUUUUUAAAUUCAUCAGAAGGUUAUCUAAUAAUUUUCAGGAGAACCAAAAAGGAGCUUUCAUCACAACGGUCGCUCCAUCUUUCUCAUUGUCUAAUGUUAUUCCCGGACCCUUGGGCAAUUUCGAAUUGACUGAGAAUGGAAUCGUCAAAACGGCCGCCGAACUGGACAGAGAGAUCAUUGAUGAAUAUUUUCUCUUCUUUUCGAAUCAGACGUGAGCAUUUUUCACUCACUUUAUACUGGAAAGCUCGAAUUUUCAUUCAUUUUCGAAAGUUCACUAGGUUUUACAGUUUCAAAUAUUUUAAAACUGCCAAGAAAAGGAUGAAAAUAUUGGUCCUCAAUAAGAAGAAAGUAGGGAAUAAUAGUCUUUGGGCAAAACGGAAAAACUCCUCGAAAGGUUCUUCCAAAAAAGUCAACAACAGAUUUUUUAAAAUUACGUUUUCCUUCAAUAAGUAGGUGCUGCAAAGCUACUGAAAAGAUCCCAUAGAAUCCAAAAAAGUCCCUCUGCGGCUGCGAAAAAGGCGCUCAGAAGCCUUUUCUCAUCAUUUUAAGAACUUUGGGAUUUUUUUUAGCUCCUUUUAAGGGUCAUUGGGGCAAAACGGAAAAACUCAUCAAAAUAUUUUUUCGAAAAAAGACCUUCAAAGGGUCCAACCAGACCUUUUUAAUCUCAUUUUGUUUCAUUUUCGCAUUUUUUUUUCACUUACUUUAUUGAAAGGCUGAAUGGAGACUGAAAAGAUUUCAGAGCGGUCAAAAAAGACCCACCGAUGCUAUGAAAAAAGACCUCCGGGGGCUGAAAAAAAGAUCCCCUGAGGCUGCGAAAAGAAAGAUUUUCCUCAUCAUUUUACGAACUUUGGUACUUUUUUAGCUCCUUCUGAGGUCCUAAAUGGAACUUUUCUGUUAGACCCAUUAAAAAAGAUGGUUCAUCAGUUGUAUUUUUGGUUUCAAACUGAGCAGAAGCUAGACCAUGUUCUUAUGUCAAUUUUGGUUUUUAAAUGAAGUAACUGGCUUUUCUUUUCAUCUUCAAAAAACAGUAGUAUCAAGAACUGCUUGUUUGCACAUUUUCUCUCGUUUGAAUUCGCAUUUCCCGCCAAAAACCGCAACGCGAAGUCAAUGAAAUGGAUUUAUUUCAAGCCAAAUCCAAACCAAUUUUCAGUGAUAAGAAGAUUAUCCGAGUCGUGGUCGAAGACGUGGAUGAUAAUGUAUCGAAAUGCGCCUCUGUCGUGAAACUCGUCGACAAGAAAGAAACGAAUAUAAGCUUCACACCGAAGUGCGAAGAUAUCGAUGGAAGCCAAGAAUAUUUGGAGUUCCGAGCCCUGGAAAACGUGGAUUUGACCGAAAAUCGAGUGAUUCUGAAGAAAUUGACCGGGCCGGUUACGGAAGUUCAUGUCCUAGCCGUUGAGAAGGCCAAUUCGUGAGUUUCCCGUUUCAAUUCGGUUUCUUAGAGUUGUUAUUUUCGACUGAGGGGUUUUAUUCGUGGUGUUCCGAUCGAGAUUAUUGGGUUUUUUGUAGGUCCUUGGACAAUUUUUUGGAUUUUUGAGAAAAUUUGUAUCAUUUUCGGUUUUUCAAACGCACUCUUUGACGAAAAAAUGCGAAAAAAUUUUGAAUUUUCUCCAUUUUUUGAGGUAAAAAGUUUUAAACGAGUUUAAAAGGAAAUUUUCUAACCUCUGAAAGCGAUUUUGCCUCCCAAAAAAAUAAUUUAAAGGUUCAUAAGGGAAAUUUUUGAAGUUUGACGAGAGAAAAAUAACGAAAAACAUUUUUUUCCUGCUCAAUUCAAGAAAAAAACGUGUUUUUCGGUUUUUCACAGGUCUUGAGGAUUUUAAAGUGAUCCCUAUAGGGGUUAGGGGAAAAAAACAGUCCCUGGCGGUUCCUGUAGGGGUUGAGGGCCAGGCACCUAUGCUCCUAAAGCUUGAGUGGUCCCUUUAGGGGACGUUCAAUUUUGUUUUAAAAAAAAGGUUAUUUUUUAGUUUUUCGCAUGGUUAGUUCUGAACAUCCAACGACUGGCUUUUCCCCUACAGGGGCCACUAACUAAAACCGCUGUAGGGACCACUUUUGCAAGCUUUAGUGUCUUCUGUAUGGUUAAGUGAUCUCUAGAGGGAGCCCUCCAAGGGCUUUUAAGGUUGCCCCUAUAGGGACCACUGACCACUCUGGAGUUCCUAAGCCAGUCUGGAAUUUGAACGAGAAAUAAUUUAAAAAAGACUCAAAACGGACUAUAUUUAAAUGGAGAAAAGUUAGAGAUGAUUAAAAUAGAAACUUGUAUUUUCCAGGUCCCGUUCCACGUCGUUCACCCUGACCGCCAUCGUCGAUGAACCUUCGGAUGACGUCAGAUUCCCUUCUGAAUCCGCCCUGAUGCUCCUUUCUUCGGCCCACCCUGAAGGAUCUUCUUUCGGUCGUGUUGCCGCGGAUUCGAUCCUUCCCGUUCGAUAUUUCGUCCUCGGAGAGUCGCCUAUUGAAAUUGAAUCGAAUACUGGGGAAUUGACGGCCCUGAAAAAGCUUUAUGAAGACGUGGAAAUUGUCGUUUUGGCGUCCGUCGAGACGGGCGUGGCCAAGAUGAAGGUGCAACUUUUUUCUGGGGCUUCAAAAAAUUUUUUUUUUCGAUUCUUAGGUCAAAGUAGAAGGGAUCGAGGACCGGUUGAGAAUUCCAAGAUCAGAGUUUCUAUUCAUCCCGAAAAGCCUCCGAGUGGGUGCGAUAGUUGGAAUCAUCGAUUCGAAGCGUGAUGACGUCGAUAUCGAAGUCCUGGACCCGCAUUACAAGAUUCAGAAGAAUCGACUCAUUGUUAGACAGUCCUUCAAAGCGGAGGUGACGGAGAAGGAGAAUUUCCCAAGGAGCAAACUUUUUCAGAAAGGAAUUUAUCAAGUGAGGGAAGUGACUGCCAGGAAAGGACGACUUUCUGCCCCGAUUAAUGUGAAUCUAAUCAGAAUUUCAUCAAGAAAAUUGAUUUUAGAUCUCAAUUUUGGUCAAUUCGGACGAAGAGAGUUUGAAUUAUUGGAUUGUGGAGAAUUGUCCGGUUGGAACGGCUGUUGGAGUCCUUCCUAGAGGUGUUGUUUUACUUAGGAACUUCAGAGAGGUCCCUAUAGGGGCCCUUGGAGGGUCUUUCCUAGGGACCACUUUACCGAUCCCUGUAGGAGCCACUAAAGCUUGCAAAAGUGGUCCCUAUAGGAAACAUGCUAGUCGAUAACUGUUAUGAACUCUGAGCGAAGAAGCAUUUUCAUGCGAAAAACUAAAAAAAAACCUAAGUUUUUAAUAAAAUGGAAAGACCCCUAUAGGGACCACUUAAGCUUUUGGCGGCGAAGGAGUCAGACCCUAAAUCCCUAGCGGAGCCACUUAACUUUACCCCUAUAGGGACCACUUUUUCAGCUUCUAUAGGGACUGUUUUGCCCCCUAACCCCUUUAGGGACCACUCUAAAAUUCCUAAGUAUGACUUUUUGGUUACUUUUAGUGAGUUUUAAGAGUUUUAAAAUUGCAACAAACAUAAAAACCAGAAUUUUGGCUUAUAAUUCAAAAGAACAAUAGGAAAACGUUACAUAGUUCAUUUCAGAGCUCAAAAAUUACAAAUUCAAAGAAGAUAUUGGCCUGGAAAUCGAUAAGGAUGACGUUAUCAGAACCAAGAUUUUAUUCGAUCAUGAAGAGGUUCAAAAAUUUAAUUAUUAUUCAAAAAAAUCAAUAUUUAUUUUUUUAGGCCAAACUCCAUACAACUUGGCUGGUUGACGAAUUUGGUCGAGAGGAACUUGUCAAUUUUUUUUCGUCGACGACGAAAAAUGACAAUAGUCCCAGUUUCAAAUAUCACCCUUCUCAUGUUCAAAUUUUCGAAAAAUUUCACGAUUGGAGGGCAAAUUUUUGAGAUUUUUUUCUGGACCGAUUCGGAUGAUGGUGAGAAAAUGGAAAAAUUUUUGAAUAUUUUAAGAAAAAAAUAAGAAAUUUUUUUGAUUAUUAUCAUGUCUAGAAUAACUUUAACAAGCUAUUUUCAAAUUAUUUUACUGAAAUAGAGAAUAAUUAUUUUUUUACCCCACUUGCUUUCUUCAACCAGGAAAUUAUACGUUUCUCGUCAUUUCUAAAAAAAUUUUUUUUUGAUUGAGAAAUUAAUUUUUCCUGAUCGAGAAAUUAAUUCAGAAAAACGAUUUUUGAGUGAAGAAAAAGAACUUCAGUAAGAAAUUGAUAGAAAAUAAUAUUCAGCCAAUCUUUUCCGCCUGGAAAUCGUCCACGGGGAUCCAUUUGAUCAAUUCGAAGUUGAUCAUCAAGGAUUUUUGCGUCUGAAACGCCCUCUUGACAGGGAAAUCGCAUCUUCCCACAAUUUGACUAUCAAUUUGUGCGACGGCGUUGCUCCAUUCAAAUGUAAUUCAAAAAAUACGUUUUUCAUCGCUAGCUUGGGACAAAAAUCUGUAGAACUCGGGUAUUUUGGGGAAAAAGCUAGGAACAUCAGAGUGGCCCCUAUAGGAGCCCUUGGAGGAGACUCUUUAGGGACCGAUUGAGCUUAUGGGGAGUACUUAUUCGACCUUAAUAGGGCGCAGUUUUUUCACCUAACCCUAUAGGGAUCUCUUAGGAUUUAGGAGCUAAAGGAUCAGACCCUGUACCCCUAUAGGGAUCACCUUAAUUUUGCCCCUAUAGGGACCCCUUUUUCGACCUUAUAGGGACUGUUCUUCCAUCUGACCUCUAUAGAGGUCACUCUGAAAUUCCUAAGAAAAAUGAGCCUGAACUUUUUUACAAGCUCCUUUGGGGAUAAGUAAAAAAUAAGAUGGACUAUGAAAAUAUUGGUUCAGGUUUGAAAAAAAAAUAAAGCAUUUCGGGAAAAGAGCAUUUGAGCAUUUCUAGUGAUCACUUUAGAGGCUCCAGCACUUUCGAGUUUUUGCGUUGCCGAGGUCGUUAUAGUCUGUUUCCCUGUCUAUCAAAGAUUGUUUGAGCAAAUUUAUAAAAAAUUCUGAACCCUACGCUAAAAUGACCUCCCAUGUUAGAUUUUGAGUGUCAAGUAGAAUGACGUCAUUCGAAAACGCUCUGUGGACGGCUGGCUCUCUGAUUGGUUUAUCGCGCCAAAAGGGGCGGAGCUUGAGCAACGACAUGACUUUCAAAAUCUGAACAGACUAGAGCCGCAGAAAAAAAAAUCGAGCCGGUUAUUUUGAGAUCAUUCCAUCAUGGCAAUAGUUCCACGUUUUAAAAAAAUUUUAAAAUAUUCUAAACCUCUCCUUUUUGUACACUAUUUCGCUGAAACUCGAUGAAGUUUGUCUCAAGCCAGUAGUGAAACUUUCACAAGUCAAUUUAUUCAAAAAAAAAUAAAAUAUUCAGAUUCCUGCACGACUACCCAAUUUUCCAUCGAAGUCCUUGACGUGAACGAUAAUUCGCCUUCGUGUGAUGACGUCAGAUUUUAUCUGAUGGAUGACGUCAAGAUUGGUGACGUCAUAGGUGGGAUAGUUUUUGGGGCAGCUUUUUUCUGACUUCACAGAAAAUUAUGGUCUUUCUGCAUAAAUUUUUCACGGCCUAAUGUUUUUUUUUCGACUGUUUGGAAGCCAUUUAGUUUCCUAAUACAUUUAUAUACCUUAUAUAUUUUUUUUUCUCUCAAGGAGCGGUCAAUACAUUUUUAAAAUAAUCGCAUCUUUCUGAACUUGCUUAUUUUUUUGAAUCAAAACAAAUCGGAUAUCUUUAUUCUCAGCAAAUGGAUAUUUUAUGACGCUUCAAAAAUAACCUAAAUUAAGUCAAGAAAAGCCAUUUUAUACGCACAUUAUAAUGGAAAAGUCAUAAGAUCUUCCUUUCCAACGAUAUUACUCGAUUUUCCGGCAUUUUUCCCUCAAAAAACAACCGUUUUAUGAAACACUUAGUAAUAAAAUUAAUUAAAUUCUGCAAAAAAGCACGGUCAAGUUGGUGCCAAUGGGAAGGGGGUGCGCAGACACGGCAAGCCGGCUGCGCCUUUUUUCCAGAAAGGGGUAACCCACUGACUUCGGACCGCGCCGUUUCUAUGAAAACGCCCAGGGGUUAUAUACCCUCUCGCCAGCCUGCGCCAGACUCCUCCCGACUUUUUGCUGAAUUUCGUAAUUUUCGUUCUGCGUCUCUGCACUUGCUUGUCGCUGGGCGCAGUUUUUUUGGACCAGAGAAAAAAAUUGAGCGAAUUUUAAGACCAUACAUACAUGGAAUAAGGAAUAAAAAAAUAUAGAUAAUAAUAAUAAUAAAUUGUAAUAAUAAUAAUAAUAAUAAUAAUAAUAAUAAUAAUAAUAAUAAUAAUAAUAAUAAUAGCGUAAUAAUAAAGGAACACUAAGCUUUGAAGAUUAGAUUUUCAAGUUUUUGAACGCGAAAAAAUACAUUAACGAUAUUCAAGAAGGUCUGAAACUACAGUCAAAAAUUCUAUACUAUCUAUGAUAAAAUUGACUUUUAAUUGGAAUCUUUCAUAAAUUGGAUGUAAAUUUAUAAGGAGCUCAAAAUUACACUGAGAGGAUUUGACGUCAUAUAUGAAAUUUUCAUGGGCUCUUAAAAGUUUUUUUAAAGGUUUUGUUACUUUUCAGGCCGCGUCCCAGCUCGUGACCACGAUUUCGAUGAGGAAAAUCGUCAUUCUAUGUACCGAAUCUUGCCGAAAAGCCUCCCCCAUGCACAGUUUAUCAUUGACGCAGUGACAGGAGACAUUAAAGUUUGUAAAGUUCUGAAAAAAAAAAUUCAAAUCAAGGAAAAUGGGCUAAAAUUGAAGCACGGUCCAAUGAAUUGUUGUAAAAAAAAAAGCACUCAUCGUUUUUUUUAUCUUCAGCCUUUAUGGUCCUUUUCAACUUUUUUUUUAACAUGAAAAGUUGCCUUUAGAAUCAUCCACAUGAAUUGUAUGCUUAAGGUCCAUAAAAAUGUCUCCCGUGGGAUUUACGAGAUGCGAGUUCGAGUGACUGAUGAUGGAGAACCGAGACUUUCCGGGGAGUGCCAAGUUUCUGUGGACGUCCGAUUUGAAGAGAAAAAUGGUCGAGAAGCGCCGAUUUUCGUGAAUUAUCAGGAGGUUUUGGAAGUUAAGGAGGUGAGAGAAACGGAAAGUUUCCAUAUUAACAUUUUGAAAAAUGAAAAAAAAAACGGAAAGUGAUGAUUUUGGGCGUUCCUUUAAGCCUAAAAUGUGGUGAUUUUGAUAUUAUUUUUUUCCGAAAGCCAUGGUUUGAUGUUGACAUCCGCCUUGAUCCGUUUAAAAAAAUGUUUAUUUAAAAAAAGAGGUUGGAGUAUCACUUGUUUUUGAAAGUUAGGGACCCCCAAUUUUUGUUUGGGACUUUCAUUUUUUUGUUUUGAAAAAUUUGGGACUGUAAUUUUUUUCAUUUUGAAAAGUUGGGACUAUCGAUUCUCGCUUCAAAAAAAUCAACUUUCUAUUAAAAAAAUUUUUUUCGAAUAUUGUGAAAAACUUGUGUAAAACGCCGGUCACGCUUUCAAGCUUAAUCUAUCUCAUUUUAUUGGAAAUUUUAAAAGGAAUGUCAAAAUAUUUAACUUGAUACGUUUAACAACUCAGUUUAAACAAGUUCAUCGAAAAACUACUAGAUUUUCAAUUUUAUGCAAAAAGCAGUCAAGUUUUUGCCAAUGGGAGGGUUUGAUGAUAACCCAGAGACUUCGGACCGCUUCCUUUCUUUUUCUAUUCGUUUCUGGUUUAUAUAGACGGCCGGAGAGAUGCGCCCGACUCUAAUUUUUCUAUUCGUUUCUGGUUUAUAUAGACGGCCGGAGAGAUGCGCCCGACUCUAACCGACUUGUGUAACGUUUCGCAAUGCCACGAGUCAUUGCCUCCUUAUCAAACAAUGUGCUGGUCUGGCGCAAAAAGACGGCCGCCUAUAUAAACCAAGGGAAGUGCGAUAGAAAGGGAAGCGGUCCGAAGUCAGUGGGUUAUCCACAGCUCUCGAGGAGCGACUUGGGUCGUUCUACUUGUUUCUAAUUCUUGGUUCUUGCGUUCUCGGGAUCCAUUGACAAAUACUUGACCGCUUUUUUUUUGGAAGCUAAAAAAAAUGUCCAAUCAAUUAUUGAAAACUAGUGGAAAAAAAAUAAUAUUUUCUUUUUCAGACCGCAAAACGGGGCACUGUCAUCACAAAAGUCGUCCUGAAUCCUGAAGAUGGCUACGUCUUCAAACUGACUUCUGAAGAUGACUUGGCGACAUUCCUGAUCUCACCAGUCGAUGGAACAAUUUCCGUCAACGGCCCAUUGGAUUUCGAACGCCGAAAAUCCUACAAUCUGACCAUUUCGGCUGUUCCGCUGGUUAACGAUGCCUUCCCGACGAUUAGCCGGUUUUAGACCUGAAGAUUUUGAAGAAGAAGGAAAAAUUCAGAAACCUCCUCAUCAACCUCAUUGAUGAGAAUGAUGAAUCGCCCAGGUUUAUCACUGGCGAUUUGGUCCAUUUUUUCGUCGAGGAAAAUUUCGGCGGAUCUUUCCCGAUGAUCAUUGGAAGCUCCAUUGCUGAGGACUUGGACGAAGGGAUUUGUGGACAGCUCACUUAUAGUGUACUUCAUGGGAAUACGAGUAUUUUUGCUGUAAAUUCGACGAAUGGUGGGUUAUCAAUAAUUAAAAUAUGGUGAACAGUACUAGGAAACUUUCUAGGGUUUGAUUGAAAAUAUAUGAUCCGGAUUGGUAAGUAACUGAUCCGAAAAAAGUGGAUUCGGUUGAAUUUGCAAACCGAAAUCGAUUCAAAAAGAAUGGGUUUGGAAAGAAAAGAGGCCUGAAAUGAUGAAUUUCUGAUCCGAAACCCGAUUUACAUCGUAGAAAUCUUAAAACCUCUCAAAAAUGAUUCCAUUUUAUUCAUUUGAGCAGAGAAAUUUGGGAUAUCUCUUGGUAAUUAAGUGAAAUUCAAGAAGCUUAUAAAUAUUUAAAAUAAUCUCAUAGCUUUUGGAAGGGUUGAAUUUUUAAUAAUAUUUUGAUCAAUUAGCAUUUUCCCAUGCACCAGGAGUGUAAAAUAAGAGAUUUCACUGUAAAUAAAUUGAGACGUAUUUCGAGAGGUUGUGGCUCCAAUCAAAAAAUUGUUUUAUGCGCUUUCGUCUUUCUGGUCAAGUUAUGACGCCUAAAAGACCCUAAAAAACUUCUUUUUUUUUGUCUAGCUAUGAAGAAGCGUUGAAAAAUGGGGUAAAGGUAAGAGGCGGGAAAAUUUAUUUGAAUUGGAAUCAAGAGGCUGUGAACUAUGUUUGAGCUGAUUUUGACGAAUUUUCAAAUUUUGUAUGAUCAAAUUUUUCUUGUGAGCAAAAGAAAUUUGAUUUCCAGGCCAAGUCCUCUGCUUGGGACCUUUGGACCGAGAAGAAAAGAAAGUUCAUGAAAUCGUGGUCGAAGCGAUGGACGGCGGAGAGCCGAGACGAAAAGCGACGGCUACUAUCAUUGUAAAUUUGAGAGUCUCUGUGAAAAAUGAUGAUUUUUCUUCAGAUUCACGCCUUGGACGUCAAUGACAACGCUCCUGAAUUUGAACAGCCUUAUUAUUUUGUCCGAGUCAAGGAAGAUUUGAAAAUUGGUUCUGCCAUUGCUUCGAUUACCGCCAUGGAUCCUGAUGAAGCUGAAAAUUCGACUAUAUUGUAAUUUUUUUAUUUUAGUCUUUUUUCUUGGAAUUUUCAAGCUAGUCAUAUACAGUAGCUUUGCUCAAAAACUAACUUAAGAAUUCUUUUUAAUUAUAGGCGGUCAAAGUGCAAAAAGUGAUUUCUCAAAGCACCUCUGGGAUACGUUUAUCAUGGGGAAAAAUAUUUAAAAAAAUAAUAUUUUAGCUGAUUUGAAAAAAAGAACCGAUUUUUUUCGACUUGUCCACUAUCAAGAAAAAAAUAGAGAUCAGACGGAUAAUUUUUUUCAAAAAUAGCUUUUUAACAGACUUCCUCGACAAUUUCUGAACACAAAAUUGAAAUUUAGUGCUGAAAAAUACAUGUAGCGGAUUUUGUCUUUUCUUUGAGCUUGGAAAACUUUGGGACUGCCAAUUUUUUAGCUUGGAUAUUUUGGGACUGCCAAUUUUUAGACUUGAAUAUUUUGGGACUGCCACUUUUUUGCUUGGAAAGUUUUGGGACUGCCAAUUUUUGGGACUGCUAAUUUUUGGGACUGCCAAUUUUUAAGCUUGGAAAAUUUUGGGACUGCCAAUUUUUAGACUUUAAAAUUUUGGGGCUGCCAAUUUUUAGGCUUGGAAAUUUAUGGGACUGCCAAUUUUUGGGCUUGGAAAAUUUUGGGACUGCCAAUUCCAAAUUUUGCGAAAACCUGUGUAGUUUGAUCAUUCUUUGUUCUUCAAAAAUUUUUUUAUAAAGAAUUAAUCGUAAUUUUUUUAUUCAAAAAGCUGCAAAACUUCAAGGAGAAGACUAAAAUGAUCAUUUUCAGGUACAAAAUCCAGGAAAAAGACGUCCCCUUCGAAAUCGACCCCGCUAAUGGGAAUGUCAAGCUGCUGAAGAAACUUGAUCGAGAAUCUCGAGGUUUUUGGAAAUUCACUGUUACUGCAACGGAUCAAGCAAAGUAUUUGGCUGUGCAUCAAAUUCCUCAAAACAGUUAUUUUUUAGAAGCUCUCUUUCGUCUUCUGUUGACGUCACUAUCAAAAUUGAUGACGUCAAUGAUGAAAGUCCGAUCGUUAUCAAUGAACUUUUGGAUCUUUAUGUUCCGAAUACGGUUCAGCCAGGUGAGAAAGGCACAGGGAAAAAAAAGAAAAAUGGUUCUGGAGUUCAUAAAAUCUUCAUUUUUUCAUUUGCAUUUCAUUUCAGGUGUUUAUUCUAGUUUGAAAAUUUUUGCGAGUAGUUUUGCCUGGUCAAGAUAAUUUUUCAAAUAGCUUAUCGUCUUGAGACCGGAUAUCUAUGCUCCUUCAUUCAGUUCAGAAAGGAUUUUUCAAUGUCUACAUCCAGAGAAAUGUUUCACUUUCUUUUUUAAUGCAUAAAUGAUUAAUUUGUCCCAUCUAUAUUCAAAAAUUCUGUUCAUGGAAAGUACAGUUGUCGUCCAAGUAUUGUUUUUUUUUUCCUUUGAACGAAUUUAAAAACGUUCAAAUCUUCUUUUUUUGAGAAAAAUGGUCGAAAAAAAAACGUGAACCGGUAUUUCUACGUUUCAGGGAAAUUUCAAAUUUUAAUCGUCUACGUCUGAAAUUGAUCAGUUCUUCAAGAUUUUAGAAAUUGUCACGAAAAUUCAUAAAAAGCUUGAUAGGGAUUUGAUUAUAGAAGUGCCAUUCUUAAAGGCGCAUGAAAAAAUUUCAUGGAGGUACCUCAUUAUUUUUUUUUUGAUACUUGGAAGUUUUUACGCCUUCAUCACCAGAGUUUUAAACGGAAUUUGCGUUUUUCAUCAUUUUUUGUUCUUUCAGGCGACCUCGUAGCCGUCGUCGACGUCAAAGAUGACGAUCUUCAUGACGUCAUUCGUUAUGAACUCGCUGGAGUUGACGUCGAUUAUUUUUCGGUCAACGAGAAGGCAGAAAUCCUUUGUGCGGUUCGUAUAACUGAUUCAAUGAUCCCUCUGCGCUCUCUCAUGUUUACGUGCUUUUUCAAGUUUCUAUAACUUGACUGGUUGGUUAGAGAAAAGAGAGCGCAGAUAGGUCAGACUGUCGAUAUUCAUUGAAUGAAGUGGAAAAGUUGAUUUCCUUGGUUCAGCAACAACUCGUCUCCAAAUCCUACUUUGCUGUUUCUGUUCAUGUCGCUGAUAGGGCCAAUCAUACGACGAGUGCCAGCUUCACCUUCUACAUCCAGCCGGCAUCGCUUUUCCCGAAGUGAGGAUUAUAUAGUCUGCUGAAUGACAAGUCGUAGGUCAAACUCCGCCCAUAGAACAAUCAGAGAGCGAGCCAUUCACAGAGCGUUUUGAAUGACGUCAUUGUUCUUGGCAUUAAAAAUAAGGAAGAGCCUUACUUUUUGCCAAACCAGAAUAAUUGAAAUUUGAAAAAAAAAACAAGCGAAAAUGUAAAAUAUUGCCAAGUACCCAUGUCCUUAUAUGGGAUGAGCAUGACUGGCGAAAGCUAAGCGCGCACCUUGAAUAUUCACGGCUUUCUGCCCCCUCCCUUUUUUUCAGGUCCAACCGAGACUAUCACAUGUAUGCCCAUGUCCUGAAAGCUUUGUGUAUUUUUUUGAAUUUUAGAGAGGCUCUUAUAAAAGCUUUAGUACAGAAACACCCCUUCUAAUUUCAAAGAGAACUUUUGAGACAUUUAUCGCACCGUUAUAAUUUUUUUUGUAAGCGUUUACAGAUUUUUUGGGAGAUAUUCACCCAAUGUUUUGGUCCUAAAAUCAUCAAAUUUUUUUCUUCUCUUUUUAAUUUAUAUUCAAUCGCUUUUUCUGUAAUUUGAGAAAUCGUUUCUGAAAAAAAGAAAUAGAUAAAUAAUAAAUACAAGCAGGGAAAAAAAUUAAUUUCAAGCUCAAUUUUUUUAGUUCUGUUCGGGGCGUCCUAUGUAUUUUUCUCUACAAAAAAACAUAACUUUUCGUGAAAUUCGACUUCAAGUACUAUAUGAUGUCUCUUUUUCAAAUAAUGCAUUCAGAUGGGUCGAACGACUUCCCUCGACGUCUGUCGAAGAACACCAAGCUGGAAAUUCGGUCGUUUUCCAAGCUAAACCUCACUCUGGCGGCAAAAUCCGCUACAGUUUGAUCUCGCCCUGUCGAGAUCACUUAAAGAUUGAUCAGACCAGCGGGGUUCUCUCAUCCUUGUAAGUUUUCUCUUUUUUUUUCGAUAAAAUAAAAUGAUUUUUUGCAGAAAGACCCUUGACCGAGAACAGCAUGAGAUUUGCCAUGUUUGGAUCGUUGCCCAACAUGAAACGGCCAGCCCGUCGACUUCCAGUUUGACGUAUUUGAAAGUCGAAGUUAUUGACGUCAAUGAUGAAGCGCCGGUUUUUACGGAGGUCAGGAAUGGAUUAUUUUGGAAAUUCAAGACUUAAAAAGAACUAUAGAGGCUCGCCAAGGACCAUUUGGAAAGGACACUAAAGUGGCCACUAAACCAACCUCUAUAGUGGCUAUUAUUUUCCGUUUUAGUGGCCACUUGAGAGAUUCUCUAUUUAGUGGCCACUUCAGUAGUUUUUCAUCCAGUAUUUCUUCCAGUAACUCUGAUAAUUUUAAAACAAACAGAUUGGACCAGUUAUUUUGAUCCAUUGAUCCCUAAAGUGGCCACUAAAAUUCUCAGUAGUCCAGUAGUAGCACUAAGACCUCUAUAGUGGCCACUAACUUUAAACCCCUUAAGUGGCCACUAAAAAUUAUAGCGACCACUAAAACGUCAAAACCCUAUAGUGGCCACUAAAAAUCUUCCCAGGAAAGUUGAUGGAACUCUAAAAACUUGGCAGUAUAAAAAAUGAAGCUUGAAAAUUUUUGAGAGAUGAAAUUUUUUUUCUUUAAUGAGAAGGGUUUUUUUGAUUUUGUGACUAUGUAGUAGACGAGGGUUAUAAAAAUGGCGGCUUAUUCGAAAAAAUUGCCGUUUUCAUUUUUCUUCAUUGCAUUUCUUGUCAGCUUCUUAACUUUGAAACCCAAAAUGUAUUAAAUUUUUAAUUGUCGUCUUCCGAAGGGUCAUAUCUUUGAAACUAUAUAAUUUUCCCUUAAGAUAUCCUCUCAAAAUACUCCCAUCAAUUUCAUUGAUUCUGAUCGUAAGAAUCAAAAAAAAACUUUUUUUUAGGUUCUUUACAAAAUGAAUGUGAUGGAAAACUUGGCGGACGAAGUUGUUGGAAAAGUUCUCGCUGAGGAUCCGGAUCAAGGCCAGAAUAGUGUUAUCAAGUAUAGUAUUAUCAGUGGUGAGAUUGAAUUGAGAGAUCAUGAUUAAAUUCAUUUCCAGGAGACCCGAGAAACGAGUUUGAAAUUGACCAGAAUGGGAUGAUCAGAACGAAGAAGGAGUUGGAUAGAGAGAAAUUUGAAAGUUAUCGAUUGAUUAUUCGAGCCGAGGAUCAAGGGGUGCCGGCUUUGAGUUCGACGGCUGUUGUUGAGGUGGAAAAUCAAAGAAAAUAUUUUUGAAUAAGCUGGAAAUCGUAUAUUUAAUUAGAAAAAUUUGUUUUUUUUUUCGAUUUUCAAGGUUUUCUAGCCAUUUUUAGAGUUCUACAGCGUUUGAUAAACUUUCUAAAAUGUAAAAAUAAAGCUUAAGAAAAUAUUUAGGGAGGUUAAUUUGAAUUUUCUUGACGAUUAUUUAGUUGUACAGGGACUCUUGUCGUGGAGAAUGAAGGAAGUUUAAAAAAAUCGCUAUUUUGAGGGAAGUCUACAACGACAAAUUUACAUUGAGAUUCUAGUUUCUCUUGGUUUUUUUGAAUUUUUAUUACGAUUUUCAAAAAAAUGGAGGUUUCUUCCAGAUUUCCGUGCUAGAUGAAGACGACAACGCCCCACGAUUUUCGCGAAUUUUCCAUGUCGAAGUAAUGGAAGACGUGCCGGUUUGAAUGAAAAAAAGAUAAAUUUUUGAAAAUUCAUAUAUUUUUAGGUCGGCUCCUUGGUGGUCCAUUUAUCGGCUACGGAUCCUGACGGCCCGGCCAAUCAUUCUUUUUCGAUCGUCGAACCUUCUGAAGUCCCAUUCAGGAUCGAAAAAUCGACGGGAGAUGUUUUUGUGUCCAGAGCCUUGGAUCGGGAAGAGGUUUUGAUUUCAAAAAUGGUUUAAAAUAUUGAAAAAACUGCGGUUUUUUGUAUAAGUUAUUGUGGCGUUGAAACUAAUUUUCGCAAAAUCCAAAAUCAUCUCUGACUCUCAAAAAUUUAGUUGUCUUUUUCAUUCUCUGCUCAUUUGCACGCCAUAGGAAUUCAAUUAUGAAAUUAUCAUUAUGAGACUUUGAAUUCUUUGCAUAGUUAUUAAAGAAAACGUCUAUCUUUGGCCUAGUCUAAACAUGGCGCGAAAACCGGCGCGGGUCGCUUGCAUCAGAACAGAGGGGUAUAUAACCGAUCGCGCCAGGUGUCCCCUCGUUCUUCCGAGAACAUAUACUAAAAUUGGAACAAUACAGAGAAGAUUAGCAUGGCCCCUGCGCAAGGAUGACACGCAAAUUCGUGAAGCGUUCCAAAUUUUUUGCACUUUUUUGUUUUGAUUCUUAUUGAUAACACAAAAAAAUGAUUUUGAACAUUAAAUACUGUGAAAAGGAGCUAUAUUUUUGAAGAAUUUGUUAAAAAAAUUUUCCAAGGUACUUUAGGACACCCUACUUUUAAAUCCGUAAAAAUUCUGCCUUAGGACUUCCAGAGCGGUCCCUAUAGGGGGGACCUUAGGGUCCUUGAAGGGUUCCCUCUUGGAACCCUUUCCCAACCCCUAUAGGGGCCACUAAAGAUUGCAAAAGUGGUUCCUAUAGGGGCUGUUCUCCUCCCUAAUCCCUAUAGGGACCACUCUGAAAUCUUAAGUUAAGUUAAGUUUAAACGCUUUAAAAUCUAAGCUCUACUGCUUCAAUGGAGAAAAAGAAAAAGAUUACUAGGGUUUUAAAUCUUUUUAAUUAUAUUAAAAGGCAGAAGAAGUUUUUUUUUUGACUUAUAAUGAAGUAUUUUCAUUUACAGACAAGUUUCGAAAACUCUCCAACCUUGAAAUUUCUGAAAAUUUUUUUUCAGAACGCUCAAUAUCGACUCACAGUUCAAUUGGACGAUGGAGUUUGGUCGAUCCAAACUCGAGUUGUUAUAGUUAUCCUGGAUGUUAAUGAUAACUUGCCCGUUUUUGAAGAGCCUUCAUCUCUUCUAAUGAUUGAAGUGGUUAUCAACAAGCUUAACAGUUGAAUAUUCGAUUCUUACAGGAAGCUACGGACGUUCUGGGAAUUUUGAAGGCACACGACUUGGAUGAAGGCGAAAAUGGUCGGAUCUCUUAUGAACAAGUCGAUUUGUUCACGAGUUUUCGGGUUGAAGCGGAUUCUGGCGUCGUGACGAGGCUUCAGAAGGCGUCGAUGAAGGCUUUUCAAGAUGUAGUUAUUAAAAUUUUAAAUUUAGUAUUUUAACGUUUGAGAGGGACAGGGAAAGCUGAAGUUCGAGAAAAUCUCAAAAUUGAUUGAAAAUAUUUUAAAAACGCAUGUUUGAGAGAGUGCUAAGGCGGUCGGUUCCGUUAGUUUCGGAGCCAGAAAAAUGUUUUAAAAAUCUGUUUUUUUAAAUUUUUUUUCAGAACCUGUUCCUCGAAAAAGAGUAAUCUCACAAAAAUUACACAAAACUCCACCCAAAAACUUUUUUCGUACUAUAGCUGAUUCACGGCUGGCUUGAGCCGUCGAAAAAAGGUCCCGACACGAUAAUAAAAGAGAUAGUGCCUGGUUGGUGGAGAGCGCAGACAGGCCACGCCCCCUUAGUGUCUCAAGUUAGUCGUGAAGCGGCUAUACGACAGCAGCCGGGAAAAUCAAGGAUUUUCCAAGCCUCGCAUUUUUUCAAAACAAGAUCAAGAAGUUUUCCGAAUUUCAGCUCAACGUCGUGGCCCGAGACAACGGAGUUCCUUCAAAAUCGUCUCAAAGUGUCGUCACUGUCGUUUCGAAACACCUUCUGAAGAAUUUUCUUCAUUUUCCGGUUAUUGUUCCCGAACUUCCCUACAAUAUUGGACGAUUCCCACUCUCGGCCAACUCGGUAAAAAUCUAAUUUGGAAAUAAUCAAGUUAUCUUAUCAGAACUUGCGUUUCUGGCCAAGCGACUCCAUGGAAGUGACUCCAGAAGGCGAGCUUUUGAUGAAGAAAUCUGGGAAGAUUUCUGUAUUUGAUGAUGUAAAUCUCGACUUGUUUGAAUUCGGUGUAACUGUAGAGAAUUUGACGAGGAGAGCUCCGGAAAUCGAAAAAAUCGGGUGAGGAUUGAUUUUAUGAAGAUUUUUGCGAUCACGGCUGGCUUUACUCAUCGAGAACGGGUCCUGACACGGUAAUGCACGAGAUAGCGCCUGGCUCGUGGAGAGCGCAGACAGGACACGCCCCCUUAGCGUUUCAAGCUGGCCGUGAAUCAGCUAUAUGUUUCUUUUGAAUCGUAGAACUGAGAAUUCUCCAUUUUAUCCAAAAAAGAAAGAUUUUUUCCAGGACCUCAUACCAAAUCCAUCAAAACGCGCUUCCUGGAACAUCUGUUGGAAAAUUGUCCCAAAAUUCCUCGAAACUAUACUUUUAUUCCCUGGAUGAGGAAUUUUUCGACGUCAAAAUCAAUGGAACGAUUUUCGUCAAGAAGCCUUUGACUUUUGUUGGAAUCCAAAAAAUUCGAAUCGAUGUCAAUGAUGGGAUUUGGCCGCUUAUCAAUGGUUAAAACGCCUAGAAAACUAUGUUGAACAAAUUUUGUGAUUUUAGAGACGAUUAUUAUUGAAUUAUCUGUUAUUCGAUCGAAUUCUGAUGUGAUUUUGGAGAAAUUCAACUGGCCGGUGAGUGAAAAAUAAUCCUUUUUUGAACUGAGGCGAAUUUUGAUGAAAUAGUGCGCGAAAAUGAGAGAUUCUUAGGAACUACAGAGUGGUCCCUAUAGGGGCGAUCACUUUACCAACCCCUAUAGGGGCCACUUGCAAAAGACAAGCUAGUCGACAACUUUUAUGAACUCUGAGCGAAAAAGCAUGAAAACUGGAUAAAUAAUCGUUUUUUGAAUGAAAUUGAGACCCCUAUAGUGUCCACUUGAGCUUUAGGGGGCCAAGGGGUCAGACACUAAACCCCUAUAGGGACCACCUUUAUUUUACCCUGAUAGGGGACACUUUUUCGGUCCCCAGAGGGGGGUGUUUUCCUCCCUAACCCCUAUAGGGACCACUCUGGAAUUCCUAAGUUCAGGUUUUUAGUGAUUUUCUGUAUAAAGCUGGCGGUGAAUUUCAGGAAAAUUGUUUCAAAAUGCCAUUUUUUCAGAUCACAAUGGAAAAUGAGAAUAUUUGCGAUUUUUUCAACGGAAAUAGAACGUCCUGCGUGGUUUCUGAAACCGCGGAAACAGUGGAUUUCGAAGGAGAGAAUGGAAAAACGGUAUAAUUUCAGAAUAAAUCCAGGAAAUGAUGGGAUUGUCUAUGUAUCCCUAUAUUUUAGUCUCAAUUUCAAGUUUUCAGACUCAUGUUUCAUUUUCAGAUCAUCCAGCUCUUCGAAAUGCGCCCUCAAAAUCCGUCACUCGAAAAUCCGAUUCGCCUGAACACGGCCAAACGCGCCCUGAUGGACACCAUACUUUUCCAAACAUCGAUUCCCUUGAUUUUGCCACGGACGGAGGAAAUUUCGGCGGCUGAUGACGUGGUCGUUGUGAAGAAACGGCUCAAUAACACUUCUGAGCUGGAUUUUUAUGCCAAGGACAAGUUUUCGCGGCGGUUGGCUAGGUAAUAGUGAUCUUUAAGGAAAAAUAUCAGAAAAUGAAGAGAUAAUAAUAGAAAGUAGGACCGUGGGUGUUGAAGAAACAUUUAGUCUUAGUCAUUUUCAAAGAAAAAUUAGUUUUUCCAGUCCAUUCUUGGUGCAAAAAAUGUACAAGGAGAUUGUUUUAAUUUUUUUUUUUCUAGUUCUGGUUUUUUCACCCCCCCUAGGAGUUUUUUGAUGCUCCAUAAAGAAAACCGCUUCAAUUGCAGGUCAAAAAUUACAUUUCUUGAUCAAAAUUUGGUUAUUUAUCUAACUAAAAUCUUGAUUUUUUAAUUAUAAAAAAGCACUUUCAAAUGAUUAUUUCAACUUUCAAUGCACAAUUCAGAAGAAUUAUUCAACUUUUCCAAUUUCAGAUCGAAGUUGUUCAUCACCACCGACGAUAGAGCUCCUUGGCCGACGUUUGUCAGCGACCAUUUCAACUGGACCGUCGCCCAAAAAUCGACAAAAGGCACUCAAAUUCACCAAUACCCGUUUCUGCUACCCAAUGAUGCCCGACUCGCGAUUGUUCCCAUUGGAAAUCCCCGGAUUUUUCCAUUUUGCGUCAGCGAAACGUCAAUAAUUGUCUGUGGACCGUUGGAGCCGGGUAUCGAGCAGUUUUGGAUCACGGUAAGAGAAAGAACAUACUUGGGAACUCCAGGGGGUCCCCCCUAGGGCCCUUGGUGGGUCUCUAGGGACCACUUUACCGACCCCUAAAAGGGCCACUAAGGCUUGCAAAAGUGGUCCUUAUAGGGGUUUUUAGUUGUUGUUCCUGGGGACAAGCUAGUCGAUACCGGAUCGGCUUUAGAAAUAAAAAAUAACUGACCUAUCGAGAAAAAUAUAAACCUUAUCGAGUUGCUGGGCAGAUCUGUAGAAUAUUUUGCAUAAUGGGGGAAAUCGAGAGCCCUCCAAGAUUUUUAUAGCAUUUCCUGACGCCUGGAAAAAGGUACCUUUAUGCUACCAUCAGCCGAAAUUGGCUCUUUUUGCAAAUUCUUCCCUUUCUUAAGCUCUUGAAAUCUUAGAAAAAAUUGAAAAACUUGGUAAAGGCUAAAAAAAUGGUCUUAUUAUUGGUAUUUUUUAAACUCCUACUUUUAUUUCUUCCACAGUUUUUGGAUCUUGAGACUCUGCCCUUUCAAUAUACACUCGUGUUGAUCAAAAAGUGUCAUUUUUCCAGAUCGAAACUCGCGAUGGAACUAUCCGAACGAGAUCUCUAGCCUAUAUAACAGUCACCAACUACAACGAGGACCGCAUCUUUGGCAACAAAGUUUUCAUCCGAGAGAAUUCCAAAGGAGAUUUGACCAAGCUCAGUGGAUUCCCCAAUGCCACUUACCACAUAGCUGACGAUUAUUUGAGAAAAGUUGGGACUUCCCGAAGAUUUCUUCGAAAACUGAUCUUCCAGUCUUUUUCCCUAACCGAGCAAGGUCAUCUUUCAAACGUUGUUCCACUUAACGCAGAAAGCCGCAGCGUCUACCGUAUCCCUAUUACGAUAAAUCAAGGCAAAGGCAAAAGGAGAAUGGAGUCUGUUACGGUAUAUUUAGAAAGUUUCAUCAGUAAUUUGAAAGGUUUUGUAGAUUUUUGUUGAUGAUGAAGUCGACAGUCCUCUUCCGGAAUCCAUGGAUUUAACUAUUUAUUUGGUCCGGAGCUUGUCGAUCCCUUCACGGAACAAAUUCACAAUCGGUGAUGCCUCCCCGGCUUCUUUGGACUCAUCAAAACGAACCAAAUGUGUUCCCAGUGUUGGAAAUGACUACACGGUACAUACAGUAUCCUAAAUUUAGCACGUUAAAAUGUACUUUAGAUCUUGGAGGACUGUAGUUUGAUCGGAAAGUUCUCCAGCAUUUCUGAAAUCGUCUCGGAAGCUUAUACGAUAAAAAAUGCCACCGAAAAAUAUACUAUCCGCUUUUUCGAAGAAGAAGUUGAAGAUAAAGGAUCUGCGAUUUCUUUUCGAUUCUUGGGGGGAAAAUUUGCGCUAGCCGAGUUUGUGAGGACUUUCCGGGAGGCUUAUGAGGAUAUGGUGAGUUUGAAGAAGAAAAAAAAAUAUUAUGACUCGAGGUUUAAGGAUUUUUUGUUUUGAAACUUAUAAGGACCCGAAAAAAAUUUUUUUCACCGUAAAAAAGUAAAAAAAAAAAUCGGUUUUGGUGAGAAUAUAGGAGGAAAAAAAUAAAUUUAAAAAAAGAUUGAGGCUGAAGUUUAAUGGUUUUUUUCUUGGAAAUUUUGAGGUCCCGAAAGUUUUUUUACUAUGAAAAGGUCCAAAAAAAUAGGUUUCGAGAGUUAAUUUUUUUCAAUAAAUUUACCUGUUUUUUUCAAAGAAUUUAAACUGUAUUUUUUUCCUAAAAAUCCAAAUUUCCAGCAUUUUUUUCGUGUUUUGCGCAUGAACUAUUUGAAAAAAAUUCUGAAAUGGUUUUUUUCUAGAAUUUUCUCGGACAUUGGUAACUCGGACGUUUCUGGGCAUUUCUAGGGAUCACUUAAGAGUGCUGACGCUACUAAAGUGGUCACUAGAAAUGCCCAGGAACGCCCGUUUUGCGUAACCAAUGUCCGUGUCUAGAAUUGUUUUCUAAUUAUUGAAAAAAGUCAUUUUUCGAAGUUAUUGGACCUUGGCUUUCGGAGCUUUUUCUUUGGUUUAAGAUGAGUAUAUUUAGGAAUUUUUUUCGAGGUUUUUUUUUGCAAUUAUUGAAAUUUAAAGUCUUCUGUUCAUUUCACGUAGAGAAUUAUAAUUGAAAAUUUUUUUUUGUGAUUGUUGAAACGAAAAAAGAACUGUUAUGUUACAACUUUUGAUUCAAAAAAUUUCAUGAACCGAAAAAAAUUCUUAAUAUUUCAAGAACUUUCAGAAGAUCCACAUCCUCGCCGCACGUGAACACACGGCCGAUGAGGAAUACGAAGUGGCAAUAUCGCUCAUCGAUCGCAACGAUAUGCGACUCAGCACCGGAGAAUCGCGCCGCACCUUGCAAAGCUUUAUCGAUCGCACUAGACCGUCUUAUUUGGAGCCGCUGAUUAUUGAAAAUGAAGUCUGCGAUGACGGAUUUUGCUUGAACGGGGCUAGGUUCGAAAAUAAUAUUUAUAUGAAUCAUAUCAGUGAUUUUAUCAGUUGCCAAGCGGUCAUUAAAUGGGCCGAACCGUCGAAAUUCCUCGAAACUCGACAGAAUUCGACAGUUUUCCUUCUUCCUGUUGGACAACUCGAGCCAAGGUGAAUACAAAAAGCGAAAAUUUUUAGUGGCCACUUUAGGGGCAAUGUAUCAUCAUAACUGAUCCAAUAUGUUUGUUUUAAACUCAUCAGAGUUACUGGAAGGAAUACUGGAUGAAAAAAUACUGAAGCGGCCACUAAAACGGAAAAUAGUGGCCACUAUAGAGGUGGGUUUAGUGGCCACUUAAGUGUCCUCUCCAAGUAGUCCUUGGCGAGCCUCUAUAGUGGCCACUAAAAAUGUUUCCAGUUAAGGUUUUUUCCAAACUCAUUUUCAAACAACCCUUUAUCGACCUUUUUCCAGUUGCAAAUGUCCCCCUUCCUGGACUGGUGACCGUUGUGAGACGGAAAUUUCGAAGAAGAAGUCCCCAGAAGCCAAAAAACCGACUUCUACGAAUCUCUGUGAAGACGUCGCGUGUGGCGAAGGAGAAUGCGUGGUAAUUGGCGAUGACGUCACCUGUCGAUGUCAUGACGGCUUCGUCGCAGAUCAUUGUGAUCAUGGUGAGUUUCAAUUGCGAAGAAGUGCUGAAACGAUUUGAUUUCAGCUCUGACGUCACUCUCCUUGUCGGGAUCAAGGAUCGAACUUCUACCCUUGAACGAGACGAAGAUGAACAAGCUGCUGAACGAAGUGACCAGUUGCAACGGGUCUCAGAGCAUUGAACUGGACUUCCGAUUAGUUGAUGCGCAGUCAAAGUUGCUCACUUUUGAGUACGAGGAGAUGAAGGCGUCGGUUGAGGUGGGAGAUCUAAUAAUGAGACGGUUGGCCCUGGGUAAACCCGCAAUGCGCCCUGUGGCGGCCCGACCGAAGGGGAAAAAUACUUAAGUGGCCACUCAGACGCAAUGCUGCGACUUCUACAGGGGUGGUUUUAGUGACCACUUUAGAGCCCUCUCCGAGUAGUCCUUGAGGACCCACUUAAGUGACCACUAGAGUAUUUUUUACAGAUAAAAGGCAGGCAGUUUGGGGGGAGUCUUAAAAUACUCACGAACCAGUUAGCUUAUUGAUUUUCGAGAAAAAAAAAUUGAGAUUUCUUCAUUUUUUUCAAAAGUUCGGCUCUAAAAUGAUUAUCAAAGUUCCAUCAAUGUUCAUUAGGAACCUGGGCGCUCCUCGGAAAAAGCUAUUUUUUGAAUGUAUUUUUGGAAAGUCUGAAAAUCUUCUUCACCAAGUUCAAAUCUUCUAGAUAAUCGACGGUCGCAUCACCUACGUCUUGACGGAUGACCAAGUUCGCCCCGUCGAAAUGCAGCUCGAUGGCCGUUGCGACGACGGAGAAUGGCAUCGACUGCAGCUGGAGAUGACCGACGACGGCAAGCUGGUUUGCAGGAGAAGACGUCAAGAACAUAAUAAGGACUUUUUGGUUUCAGUUGAGCAUUCAAAUCGAUGGAAAAGGUAAAGAGGCCAAGUCGCGCGUGGCUUUACCGAGGCCCUUCGGGAAAAAUCAACGGAAAAUCGUCGUCGGCGAUGUCGCUCCCAUGUGCCUCCGACGAUUCUUGGCUCAACGCCAGUUGGUCUUCCCAUCGGCUCCGAAUCACAUGGUGAUUUUUAGAUUUGGCAAUAAAAUUAUAAAAGCAGUUCCUGUACUUCUCAAAAAAAUAGUGAGUCCAAUAAAAAUGGUCUGAAAGGAAAAUCGGCUGCAAAAAUUCUGCCGUAGCUGGCGAAAUGUGGUUCGAAUCAGUGCUCCACUGAUAAAAUGUAGAUUAUUUUCUAAAUUCAUAUUUUUUUUCAUUCGUUUCCCUACUAGAUUUUCAAAUUUUAUUGUUGGACUUCAAAAUUUUGCAUCAUGUCUCCUAGAGCGCACUUUCUAAUCAUUUUAUGCCAACAAUGGGCAAUUUUUGGGAGCUUAUUUUCUCUUUUUUUGACUGAUUUUAUCACGUGGUUAUUCCAUUAUAUACCGGUUUUCCCAGAACAUAUUUUUCUGCUCGGUACUGACUUUUUUUUAAUAAUUAUUCUCUCAUGCUGGUCAGUAGCACCCAUGGAUGCGACCGUCGUUCAGCCAAAUCCCGUUUGAGUCGGGCGGAACUCCCAAGCGCCAAAUUUCUCCUCCGAGUCCCCUAUUAGGUCUAGCGAAUGACUAGAAUCGUAAAAAAAAACAUCGAGUAGUCGGCUGUAGCAACCGUGGAGUAACCAUUCAGCAAAAACGUGACUUGAUAGCCCCACGGGUCCUUCUGGCCAACCGUAGAGUAGAUACACGGGACUUAAUCGGGACAAAAAAUGGUGUUCCGGGUAUUCGGCUGGGGUUAAGAGGGUGAACGGCGGUAGACUGCGCGAGGGUUACUGGGGAGAGCCGUUCAAGUCCAGGGUAUCUAAGCAAACGCCAAAUUGACCCUCGUUUAGGUUCAGCGUAACAUUCAUUUCUUUAAAAAACGGCAUUUUGCAAAACUAUGACGUAGCCUUACAGUGGCUACUGCCCAGCCUAAAACCUAGAGUUAUUCAUUCACAGAACAGUGCCUCAAUCAAUAAUCGAUAUUUUUCAAGUUCAACAUCGUCACGAUCGGAGAAGUCGCCGUCGGCUGUCCUCUUCCGCCGACUGAGGCUUCCAACAGCCUUCUCGCCUCACAAAUCGCCUUGGGCGGCGCGUUCAUAUCGUUCCUCUGCGUCUUGCUCUUCGUCAUCGCCGUCAUCUCCUGGCGCUACUUUUCGUCUUGGCGCAACAACAAAAAGACGUGUUGGGAGGACGCCAAGGAGAUCAACGCCUUCACCGUCAAACGGGAGGGACACUUGAAUCGCGCCAUGUCGUCGGUCGACGAGAUCUACGAGGAUCCAAACUGGUCGCGCAUCUACGAGAUUCCAUGCCAUUUGGUAUGGAAAAAGACUUUAUUUUGAAAUGAAAUGAAGCUUUGAAGAAAAUUUGACAAAUUCGAAAGGAUUAGAAGUAUAGAACUCCAGAGUGGUCCCUAUAGGGCCUCUAGGGGCCAUUUUACCAACCCCUAUAGGGGCCACUAAAGCUUGCAAAAGUGGUACCCAUAGGGGACAUGCUUGUUAUUAACUCUGAACGGAGAAGCAUCUCCAAAAACUAAAUAAUCAAGCGUCUUUUGAAUGAAAUUGGAAGACCCCUAUAGAGACCACUUUUCGGUCCCUACAAGGAUUGCUUCCUCCUCUAACCCCUAUUGGGGACCACACUAAUUAUACCCCUAUAGGGACUACUCUGGAAUUUCUAAGUAGAGCUUUUUUUUAAGAUUGAAGAGUUUCUUGGCCAAAAAAUGAACUUUGAAAUUUUUUUUUCCAAAAUUUGAUUUUUCCCUGAUUCCAAUAAAUACUCCAUAGUCAUUUCCUUUAUUUUUUUCAUUUUGAUUUGAAAAAACCGGUUUGAAAACUGAUGUACCUGAUAUUUACGUCCCUGGGGCAAAAAACGCGUUUGGAAAAUAUUUUCAAAACUUCGAACGGUUUGAAAAAACUGAAUUUUUCUUUACAAAGAGCUACUGAGGACCUCAAAGUACCUAUUUUAACUCAUUCUUUAAAAAAUGUUCGAACUUUCAGGACGUCGACAGUCUCUCAAUAGCCGGGGUGCACAUGAAGUCGCCGACGCCUCAAAAUUCUUCCUUCGAAUCGAACUCGACGCGACCUUGCGCCGAUAACGAAAACGAGAGCAACGCACACCUUUAA